AUGAAGAAAAAACAACCACAAGGUUACCAGUUCACCAUUGAGUCCCACCUCUCCCUGACUGGCUGGUAUGCCAGCUCAUCCCACCAGCCAGCAGCAGGAUGUGUGGCCCCAUUCAAUGGAUUUCAAGGAAUUAUACGACUUCUGGAAAUAAUAUUCAGUGCUGUGGCUCUCAUCAUUGUCAUUAUCAGAGGUCGGAUUGUUGUCCCAUGGGGCGUUUGGUGCGAGUUUGUCUGGGUGUUCUGCAUCAUCGUGCCCAUGGUCCUGCUUGUGGUGGAGAGCAGAAAGUGGCACAUCCUCCUGGCUGCAUUCCUCCCCAACUGGGCUGAUCUGACCUGUGGGCUGACCGAGGUGUGUGGCACCAUGAUCAUCUCUGCCACGGUGGCCUUUGCCGCCGUUUUUGUCUGCCUCACCUGUAUUGCAGACAUCUUGUGCUUCAUCUUCUCACUGGCUGCCACUGUAUGCUUCCUGAUUGAUGGCAUGAAGCAGAAAAUGACGCAUCCCAGCGGCUAUAUGUCCAGCCUGAGAGGGAGUCUUCGCAUAUUGGAGGCUUUUGUCGCCUGCGUGACUCUCACUGCUGCUAUUGACCACUUUGUGAGAAGAGAAUGGUUCUACAAACCUUUCGGGACGGUAUUAUGUGCCAUUAUCUUUGGAGUUUGCCUCCUAGUCACUACGGUCAUCAUAGUACUCAAUCUGCUCAAGCUUUUGCAGUGUCUGCUUGUGUUCAAGCUGAGCUUGCUGGCUGUGUUUAACAUUGUGGCAGUGGUGUUGUACCUGCUCGCUGUCAUUCUUUGGACAGUCUUUGGCUACAGACGCUACAUGUACAAUCCUUACACUUGUAUUAAAUGUGCAUUUGCAGACAUGAAUGCUGUUACAGUUGGAAGCAUUUUGAACCUUAUUCUUUGCACUGUAGACCUGAUUUUAUCCUUAAAAUCACUGUAGAAAUGUAAAAACCUUACAUGUGACUUAAUUAUUCUAGGUUCGC